CGCUAGCGCGGACCUGACUCUCCUUUUCCGCCUCCCACAUUACUCUUUCUCCUCCCACCUGAUUUUUAUCAGAAGUCGAGUAAAAAGGUGUUUCUACAUCUUGACACUCGAUCUGUGUGUAAAAGAAGGAUAAUUUUUGUAAUAUAUCUCUUCUAAAAUUUAGUAACAUAACCUUUUUUCUCGUCCUCCCGGCAGAAAGACUUAAUGCGUAGAAUAAGUGCUUUUGAUUUCGUGUGCUUUGGCUCACGUGUUGUAGAGACGGCUUUGUAUAGAAGAUGAAAACGUCUAACAAAGAAGACGAAGAGAUUAAUGCGUCAGCCGAUGAACUAGAGCAAGUCAAUAUGUCGGGUUAUAGGUCAGAGGAAGAACCAGAAAAAAUCAGCAUGUCCGAUAAUGAAUCUGAGGAAGAUGAUGUUGCUACUCAUGCAGCAGCAUUAAAGUGUCUGAAGACCAAAGAUCCUGAUUUUUAUGAAUUUCUGAAAGCAAAUGACAAAGAUUUACUAAAUUUUGAAGAUCCUGGCUAUGAAAAAGGAGAUUUUGAAGAGGACAUAUCUGAAGACGAUAAUUCAGCCGAGGAAUUAAAAAGCGAGAAAAAAAUCUCACCCGAAAAAUUGGCUUAUAUUAAAGAACAUAUUAGAAGCUCUCCGACUAUUAAUGUAUGCAAGGAACUUAUAUCAGCUUUUAAAAGUGCGGUUCAGCAAGCGGAUGGUGUUGACAAAAAGACUGAUAUGACUCAUAGCGAAUUAUUUAAUGAUGUAGUAAAAUUGUGUUUUAUUGAUCUUGUGCCCGCAUUGCAUAAUAUAUUGAAGUUGUCAUCUGAAAGUAGUAAGAAAAUGGAUCCAUCGAAGUCAAAAAACUGGAAAAAAGUUCAGAGUAUGGUGAGAUCAUAUUUAAUUGAUACGGUGAAACUUCUUUCAUUGUUGAAAGAAUCUUCAAAAUUAAUAUUGUUUCUGAAACAUGUAGUGCAUUUGGUUCCUUUCUUCUCGAAAUUCAUGAAAUUGUGUAAACAUUUACUGAAGAAAAUGAUAACAUUUUGGUGUAGUGAUGAAGAAACUGUUCGUGUAUUAAGCUUAAUAAUUAUUGUUCGUACUAGAAAAUCUUUGCCGAAGGAAUAUUUUGAGCUGGUGUUAAAGCAUAUGUAUUUUGCAUAUGUACGCAAUUGCAAAUUUACGUCAAAAUCUACCUGGCCAUUGAUAAAUUUCAUGAAACGUUCUUUGACAGAAUUGUAUGCUUUAAAUCCAGAAGCUGCAUACGAGCAUACCUUUGUUUUUGUGCGACAGCUUGCUAUACAUCUUCGCAAUGCUAUCACAACUAAAAAGAAAGAAUCUUUUCAAACUGUUUAUAACUGGCAGUAUGUGCACUGUCUUCUACUGUGGUCUCAUUUGGUGUCUCGCCUCCAUAAUCAAGAAGCCAUAAAGACUCUUAAAUAUCCAUUAAUUCAGACUAUAAUAGGAACUAUUACUUUGAUACCAACUGCAAAAUAUGUUCCUUUAAGAUUCCAUCUUGUAAAAGGUCUUAUAGAAAUAUCAAAGGAAACUGGUACUUUCAUUCCUGUUAUGGAAUUUAUUCUUGAUGUUUUGAAAAUCGUAGAUUACAACAAAAAAUCUUCAUUUAGCAUCAAACCUGUAGAUUUUUCAUGUUCAUUAAAGGGCACAAAUUCCCAGUUAACUGAAGCUGGAUACAAAGAUGCUUGUGUAGGAGAAGUGUGUACUCUGCUAGUAGAAUAUUUAAAAAUAUAUUCACAUUCUGUUGGUUUUCCCGAUUUGGCUUUAAAAGCUGUUCGUGACAUCAAAGAUUUCAUUAAACAGUGUAAAGUGUCUAAGUAUAAUCAACAGCUUAAAGCUUUGUUAGGAAAGAUUGAAGAAAACAGCUUGUUUAUUUCUGAGAAAAGAAGAAUGGUGACUUUCAAAAUUACAGAUGGAGAGCAAAUUAAAAAAUGGGAAGAAGAUAUUCGUAUGAAAGGUACUCCCCUUUUGCAGUUUAAAAAGGAAGUUCCCGAAACUAAAGACAAUAAAAGUAAAGAUUUUGAUGAAUCUCCAAAAAAGAAAAGAAAAUUUAAUGAAGUGUAAAUUUCUCUAAGGGUUUGUUUAGAUGUUAAUAAAAUGUUAUAAGAUAGUU